GGAUCAAUGAGCUCCAGAUGGGUGAGGAUCUGGCAAGUGAAAGUGAUCUGCUGUCAGUGAUCAACGAGUAUCUGAAGUUCGCUGAGUUUGAAGAGACCGUGAAAGUGUUUGAAAAGGAAGUCAGACGCAAAGGAAAACCUGUCCUCAAAAGUGCAGGACACUCACGGCGACACUCCAAAACCAUCGGCAUUCACGAGGAUUUUCUCAGCUCUUUUAAUGAUGGCGACUAUAAGGUAUUCUCUGAGCUGUGGGCUAAAACCAUUCCUCCGGAGAUUCGGGAUUUUGAUCCGGUUGCUCAGAAACUGGAAUUCUACUUACAAAUUCAUUUUACAAUAUACCCACUGAAAUCACCUGUAGGAAGUCACGAUAAAGGAGAGUUUGACAACAGGAUCACACAUUUCAAGCACUAUCGCGGCACUGAGCCAGACCACCGAAUUCCUACCGUUCUACGCUCUGCCGUUUGUGCCCAAUCCCACAGUACACCCAUCCUUCCAGGAGCUUUUCCAGGAUUCCUGGAUACCAGAGUUGAGGGAAAGGUUGGAGAAGUUUCUCUCAGCGACUCUGAAAGCUUCAAACACACCGAGGCUUCUGACUUUAUAUGUAUCCUUUUUGUGUUUAUUGUAGGGGUGUUGUACCGAAAAGUUUCGGUAUGGGUCUUUCGGUUCGGUACUCACAUGUACCGAACAAAUCAUUAAAUUUUUUUUCAGGAAAUUCAGACAAAUAUAAAUGCCUCAGUUCUGACAGUUCUGACAUCCAUUCCUCUUUACUUCUAGUUUUAACGCAAAAAAACAUCUCAUGCCUCGUGUAAUCACACAAUCAGUGUUUCACUCAUAGAAAUAUGCAAUUAAAACGGCUUGUGAACGAAAUGUCACUAGUUCAGAGAAAUGAAGUCUAGAGAAGAGCAUUUCGCUAAAUAUUAGACUAUAUACUCAUUAU